GGAUAUGAAAACCAGCGACUGACGGUGCUUCCAAACAGAUCCGGCGAGCUUCCUUCUCCCCAGGUUAGGCAUCUCCGUGCUUCUCUUACACUGUGUUUGUUUGGAGGUAGGGGGAGGUAGAAUUUAGGUGACUGCCAGAAAACCAGUCGCCAUCUUCAUAUCUCCAUCCUCGUCUUCCGAUUGCCAUCUCCAACAAGACGAGUGUUCAACAAGCAUAGAUUGCUUCCAAAGGUUCAACGAGAUGCGCCGAAAACCUAUUGGAGCUCGCAUUUUAGUAUUCUUUGGUUUUAGUAAGAGCAGUAGUAUGGAGUGACAACUGACAAGAGCGUAACAAUACAAUGGUGAACAUUUAUAAAUACUAUUUCUGUGUAUCCCCUUUAUUUGUCUAAAACUUAGGUACAAUGCAUGAAUUGGAAAAAGUUGCUAGUUAAAAGUUUUGUUUCUAUUUAAUAAUCUCUAACAUUUUUUUAAAUAGAAUGUGAAGUUAGAUUGUGGAGGCGCAGAUUCAUAGUCAUCACUGACCAAUUUGAGGCAAUCCAUGUAACAUGCUUCUGUUUACAAAGUUACUGAACAACCCAUGUCAUUUGGGAUUUUAACUGACUAAUUGUCAACUUUCCUCUAUGCAUCUAGCAGUAUGGUUUCCCGCAAACUGCCUAGAAUCUAGAUCUUCAUCCAAUAUUCAAAGGGCUUGAACAUGAGUUCCGUUGGGUGCUCUCUGACUCCUUGUGGUUUUAAUACGUCCUAUGAACCCAAUUCAAAAUGCUACAUUGCAACAUUUACACGGCUUUCCCAGCUGCAUUCCAUGUCAACCUUCUCAUCCAUUAAGAGCUCACUGGGGUCCCAUCACAGUCUAACAUCUUGCUUCUUCAAAGGAGCCAAGUUCUCGAGUCUUUCUUCUGCAUCAACACCCCUUUUAUGUGGAGAAUAUCUGGGUUUCUCCUCGGAAACCCUUUCCAAGUCCCCCAAACAAAAAAGGGUUUCUUUUUCCCCAAGGGCAUCAUCUAAGGAUGUCCCCCAAGGUUUUCGAUACCCAGCAAUGACAAAGAAGCCAAGGUUUUGGUGGAGAACCAUAGCGUGCCUCCCGUACCUCAUGCCCCUCCACGAGACAUGGAUGUAUGCCGAGACAGCAUACCAUCUCCACCCUUUCUUAGAAAAAUUGGAAUUCAUGACCUACCCCUUUCUACGAGCCUUAGGGAGGUUACCCAGUUGGUUUCUCAUGGCAUAUUUCUUUCUUGCUUACCUUGGGAUUGUUAGGAGAAAGGAGUGGCCCCACUUUUUCCGGUAUCAUAUGGUUAUGGGCAUGCUGUUGGAGAUAUCUCUACAAGUUAUUGGAACUGUGAGCCGUUGGAUGCCCCCGGCCGUGUACUGGGGUAAGGUUGGGAUGCAUUUCUGGACAGCCAUCGCGUUCGCGUAUCUGUUCACCGUUUUGGAGUGCAUCAAGUGCGCAAUUUGUGGUAUGUAUGCCGAUGUUCCGUAUAUCUGCGACGCUGCUUAUAUUCAAAUUCCUUAUUGAUUUUGAAUGCUUGUGUAGCAAAUCGAGAUCUUGUACUGGCAUUUAAUCAGGUAAUGUUUUGUUUUUUUGCUUGAUUAUUGUUGUAGAUUGAAUACAAGUAUCAUCUGUUGCUAAUGCCCUUUGUUCUUAUUACUGUAAAAUCUAGUUUUAUUAUACUUGUAAAAAAAUAAAAAAAUUGUUUAUUG